AUGACGCGCGAUGUGCGACGCCUUGAUGUGAUUCAAUCUCGUCUGAGCCUGGCGCUUGAGCAGUCGGCACAGCUGCUGGCUUUGCGCAAUGCUCUGACAGGCAUUCGACGUGCCAUGCAACAGCAUAGAUACUCAGAGGCCGCAACUUUUCUCCAAACGCUGAAGGAAAUUGAGCAGCAUACGUCGCUUGACGUUGCUGACAAGCUUCGACUAGAUACUGUCGAGAACGACCUUAAACGAGUCGUUGAGGGCGCUUUUGAGGAUGGCCUACGCGCUGGCGACAAUCAACAAAUACAGACAUACGCACGUUUGUUUAAAGUGGUCAGCAAAGAAUACGAGGAGCAUGGCUUUGUGAUGCUAUUGAAACAUGCACAGAGGACAUUGAUGCAUGCGCUGAAAAGGGAUACAUAUUCACAAAUUGGCGUGUUUAGUAUUCAGGAGCUGAUAGCGCACCUUGCUGAGGUUUUUAAUCUCGUCGCACGAGAAGUUCAGCAGUAUGCUGGACUGCUGUCGCAGUGUUUUGAGAGAGUACAUGGCCCAAGUCGUUUUGUGGUGAAGCUGUAUAAUGUGGGAGAACAGACAGCAGUCACAGUGCUGAACGCGUACAUAACGCAGCGAAAGCUUCGUGAACAUAUUUCAAGUGGAGAGCAUCCUGCUUUUAAGGCUAUAAGUGCUCCAAUGUCACCACCAAAUCAAAACAGCAGAAUCAAGUCGACACCUGGAAGUCCAAGAGAUGACAGCGUUGUUGCCAUGAAUGAACAGCUGAACGAAAUGGCACUAGUGAUUCAGCACACACAGACGUACGAACGUUUUAUGCGCUCGAGAGUGGCGUUUGACGAAGGUAUCGAAACAAAUGGCCAUGGAGAAUAUAUAAAAGGCGAUUCAUCUUACGAUGAUGAAGGUCCAGUCAUGCCACCUAUCCACGAAAGUGAAUUGGGGAAAACUGUCCAGGAGCUUGCAGGAUUUUACUGUUUUUUUGAGAAUGCAUUGCUGAAUCAGGCCGCUCAAAAGGCAUUUCAAUGGGAAGAACUGCAUUAUACAUCGGCUGACAGCAAUUUUGGAGGAGCUGAUGGUGGCUUUGACGACGGCAAUGGAUAUGAAUGCCUGCCGAUAUCAUCGGCCAUCGAUGAAAUAUUUUACGUAGCACGUAAUUCUGGGCUACGUGCGUUGGCGACAGGCCAUGUCGACUGCGCGGCUGGUGUACUCAAUAUGAUCAACACGGUGCUUCGAGAUGUCGUUGGUGACACAAUGCGAAGUCGCAUACGACACAUGACAACUUCCGCGAAGAUAGAUAAUGCUGUAGGGGGUGAUGCGGCGGGUUUACUGGCUGCCUCCUCGGCGCAAUUGCGUGAUCAGAUGCAGCAGCAAUUUGCGAAGCUCAGCAAAACCGUCGGACCUGUUAGUGGUGUCAAUAGCGGUGAAAGUGCUAAUUUCACGCCAGUACAACGGAGAGAACAUGCCCCCGAGGUCGUACUCAAUAGCUUAGAAAUUACUUUUGGAUACAUCGCACAACUGAAAGGCGAGUUUGAACACGAGCUGCCUGAAGCAUUUCCGGAGGUGCCACAGCACAUUUUGACCUGUUUAAAUGCACUGGAAGACGCUUCCGUCGAACUUAAGCAGCUGCUUAUGGCUUCCCGAAAAAAACUCCUUAAGCUCUUAGAGCCAAAGAUCGCCAAUAACCUUAAUACCCUCCUGUCAUCACCAUCGUCAGCGUCUUCGGUCUUGAAUGCAUCAGCCACCAGUCUUUCUUCAUCGGGAGCCUUAUCUUCGAAGCGCAAUGCCGAACACUACGAACUUAGCGAGGCCAUGUUCACAUUCAACGAGGCCAACGACCCAUUCGCACAUGAAUUUGUUCGUGGACUUCGCUCUCUUUUGGGUUCUUUUCGUGGAAGUUUCUCGCAUAGCAAUUAUCGCGCUGUUGUACAGGGAAUCGCUUUGUACUCAGCCACUCAGCUCGAGUCUUGGUUCCUCUCGAGAGCCACGCGGGUAAAUCAACUCGGUGCGCUGCAGUUUGAUAAGGAUGUUCGAGUCAUUAGUACCUUUCUUAGCAGUGAAAGUGGUGCUGAAGAAGAAGUACGCAAGGCUUUUUCGACUCUUAUUCAGCUCGCUGAGGUACUUAAUGUAGACACCCCUCAAGAUGUACUGGACAUUUAUGGCCGACAACAUCGCGGGGUGGUCUGGACACUUUCAGCUGCUCAAGUCAAAGAAAUCCUAUCGCGUCGUGUUGAGUUCCCUGAUGCGCUGAUCAACAAUUUGGUAUUGAAAUGA